GCUUGGAGGAGGAACAUCUAUGUCUCUUUCUUCAUGAAUCAUGAAACGGCGGACAGCGUUAAUUCUUCAGAUGGCGAGAAAGCGCCAAAUGAUAGAAAAAGGCGUUACUGAAGCACCAGGCCCAUCACACAGGGAUGAAUGGCGAAUUGUGUCACCAGAUCCAUCACCAAGGGAUGAAUGGCGAAUUGUGCCACCAGUGUCACCAACAGCGAUAGGUUCUACAUCAACGGUUUUAGGUACACAAGAAUGGGUAAACAACCUGCCGGACCCCGAUUAUUUUGAACUACAACCAGAACAACCAAUGCAGUACAGAUGCAAUGAUAGCAAUGAGAUGCAAGACUUUUGUGAAGAUGCCGGAAUAAUUAAUACUGAUGGCACUUUGAAUUAUAUUAAGAUUGUAAAUAAUGGAGUUAACGAAAUGAAUGAGACUGAUGGGGUUUCUAAAAAGACUGAGACUGGAAUUCCUGAAACCAGUGAGACUGGAGUUACCAAAGUUAAUAAGACUAGUACUAGUAUUACCAAGAUAAAUUUGAAUAAAAUUUCCGAAGAAAAUGAGUCUAGUGUUACCAAAAUGAAUGAGAAUGGAGUUAAUGAAGAAAAUGAGGCUGAUGUUACCAAAAUAAAUGAAAAUGAAGUUACCGAAGAAAAUGAGACUGCUGUUACCAAAAUAAAUGAAAAUGAAGUUACCGAAGAAAAUGAGACUGCUGUUACCAAAAUGAAUGAGAAUGGAGUUAAUGAAUUGGACAAGACUGGUAGAGAUUCUGAUGGGGCACCAGACCCUUUGCAGCGUCUGACGGCGAAGAAAAUGAUCCGUCAUACAACCCUGACAAUGAAAUGA